UAUUCGGUCCUGUUAAAAAUAAUAAUAACACGGUCCUAACUGCCAUUAUAUUUGAUGGUGGAGAUAUUAUCCCGAGACCUUUACCUCCCCAAGGUGAAUUCGAUAUCAAUGGCGGAGGAUCGUUUAACCUACGAAUAUGA